GGUAAACCAGCGAAAAGAGAGUUACAAUAAUCAAGCCUUGACGUGAUGAAAGCAUGAAUAAGCCUCUCAGCAUCAGAGAGAAACGGUCUAAUUCGUGUGUUGUUCCUCAGAUGGAAAAAGCAACCUUAGUUAUAUUUUUUAAAUGUGAACUAAAAGUUAACUGGGCAUCAAAAAUCACUCCCAAGUUGCGAACCUGACCAGAAGGGGACAGUUGAGUAUUGUUUACUAAGAUUUGUACCAUCCUUCCAUUUACUAAUAUUCGAAGAAAUGUAAAUUAAUAAGACUUCAGUUUUGAAACAAUUGAGUCUUAAAAGGUUUAGUUUCAUCCACCCUUUAAUUUCCAGCAACCAGUCAGAAAGUUGGGAGGAGGAGGAAUUAAAAUCAGGCUGAGAGCUAAUAUAAAUCUGGGUAUCGUCACCGUAGCAAGGAUAGCCCAGGCCAUACUUCCAAAUGAUCUGCCAGAGGGGGAGCAUAUAAAUACUAAAUAAGCCAGGACCCAGAACUGACCCCUGAGGGACACCCUAACACAGAGGAGCAAUUUGAGAUCCGUUAGUACCCAGGUAAACAAAUUGGGAACAAUCUGAUAGGUAACAUUUAAACCAAUUUAACAUAGUUCCAGACAGACCGGUCCACUUAUGCAAUCUAUCCAAUAAUAUACUGUGACAGAUGGUAUCAAAUACAGCAGUAAGGUCUAACGAGCCCCCGAGUCAGCAAUAACGAGGAGAUCAUUGAGAACUCUGACCAAGGUGGUCUCUGUACUGUGUCCAGAUCUAAACCUGGAUUGAAAUCUUUCAAAUAGGCUAUUUGUGCAAAGGUUACAUGGGCUUAUAUGGGUAGUAUAAGAAAGUUCAGAAACUCCUUCACCUCUCCUGUAGAGUUUCUGCUAGGAAUCAGUUCAGAAGACUCAAAGUCAAGUUCAUUUUACUCUGAAUUUGGAAUCAGUUCAGAAAGUUACUCCAGUUUAAAGCAAACUCUCUACUGGGCUGGACCAGACAGAUCAAUCACAAGUGUGUCUAUGAGUACAAGUCCAGAUCACUCCACUUUCAUCAUUCAGAACCUGAAAGACAGCUACCAAAUAGGGGAGGAGCUUUUUGUUACUAUCCAUGCCAGAGACUUUAACAAUAAACCUAAACGUUAUGGAGGGGAUUUCUUUCAAGCAAAGCUGUUUUCAUCUAAAAAGGCCAGUGUGUUUGGGGAGGUGGUGGAUUUGCUCAACGGCUCCUACUCUGUGCGUUUUCUUCUGCCGUGGGUUGGAGAGGCACAGGUGGCUGUGCGUAUGAUCCACUCCAGUGAAGCUGUGCAGGUCCUCAAGCAUCACAGAGACACUGACUCUGACAGAGUUUUCUUUAAUGGAUAUUUUGAAGGACCAGGGCCAAAAGGGACCAGGUUGAAAGAAACAGUGAAGUGUAAUGUGAAGUGGGACAAAAAUGGACUGGAGAGGAUGGGAACUGGAGAUUGUUGCUGUGAUUACAAAGAUUCUCGCACAAAAGAGACAUGGCGUUGCCAAAGACCUAAAACCUUGCCAUGCAGCGCCUAUGUGUAUCAUGCUAUGGGCGGGUAUAACAACCGCCUGACUGAAAAAGAGAAAAUUCUGAUGAAGAAAACCAACCAAGGUAUUAGCAAAAAUAAUAAAACCAUCAACAUUGUUGCAUCCAAAAGAAAUGAAAGUAUUGGUGUAAGCAAGAAAUGUCGUCCUGGUUUGCACACACCAGUUCCUGCUGGGUUUUACCUGAAUGAUGUUUGGACGUCUUUUGUGUGCAGUACGCGCAAUUUUACUACCCAAACGACAACGCAAUGCCUAAAAGACAAACACAUCUACAUGAUGGGAGACUCGACCGUGAGACAGUGGUUUGAGUUCUUGCUGAAAGCAGUACCAACUUUAAAGCAGAUGAACCUGCAUGUUCAAUAUCAGGCAGGUCCUCUUCUAGCAGUGGAUGUGGAGAACAACAUUGACUUACACUGGAGGGCUCACGGACUUCCUCUACGCUGUCUGAAAACUGAAGUUUCUAAUCUGCACUACGUCAGUAAUGAGAUUGACGAUCUGACUGGAGGACCUCACACAGUUAUUGUCUUUAAUCUGGGACCACACUUCACAACAUAUCCUCUGGAUUACUUCAUCCACAGAGUGUUGAGGAUCCGCAAAGCUGUGCUAGAUUUAUUACAGCGGGCACCAGACACUACCGUUAUAAUCAAGACCGUAAACACCGGCUAUAAGGAUGUGUUUGGCAGUGACUGGUAUUCUCUACAGUUGGACAGAAUCCUACGGUGGGCUUUUCAGGAUGUUGGUGUUUAUAUUUUGGAUGUUUGGCAAAUGACAGCCUGUCACUACAACAUAGAGAACAUUCAUCCAGCUCCCGUCAUUAUCAAAAAUGAAAUGGACAUAUUUCUUUCUUUCAUUUGUCCUAAAUAAUUUUUUCACAUGAGCAAUCAAGAGGUGAAAACCUAACUCUCCUGUUUCGUUUUUUAUUAUUUUAUCUCAAAUGUGCAUAAAGAAAAACAAAAGGAACCAAAAAUA